AUGAUUGUCCCAACCUGGGCUUCUGUGUUGACAGCAGCCGCAAUUACUCCCACACUCAUCUCUGCCGUACCUCAUGGAUCGCAUCCUCCACAGACAAACCAUGGCAUUGCUGCUGACGACUUCGUCUCGGUUGAUGGUUUUAAGCUUAAAGAUCGCCAGGGUACCGUCUACCUCACCGGACUCAAUUACUGGUCUUGCAUGAACUUGGCUGCCGACGACCAUGUGGGAGGCAAUCACUCUCGCUUCAUCACCGAGCUGGAUCAGAUGAAAGCUCAUGGCGUUAACCAUCUUCGUAUCAUGGCAUCCUCGGAAGGCGCCCCCACACACCAGCCCUUCAGAAUGUAUCCUGCUUUGAUGGAAGCGCCUGGUGCUUAUAACGAAGCCAUCUUUGUAGGCUUGGAUCGUUGCUUGAGCGAGAUGAGCAAGCGAGGUAUGAGAGCAACCAUGACUCUUGCAAACACAUGGCAGUGGAGUGGAGGCUAUGGUCAAUACGUUUCGUGGGCGACAAACAACAGUCAAAUCCCCUAUCCUUCGUCGUGGAACCUGACGGCUCCCCCUCAGCGCUCGGAACCUGGAACCGGAUGGGGCAACUACACGGUGGAAGGUGUGGAUGCGGCACCGUACAGUAACUUCACCGCCUACGCAAAUCAGUUUUACACCAAUCCACAAUGUCAGGAGUGGUAUCACGCACACAUCUCCAAAGUCCUGAACCGUAAGAACUCAAUCAACGGCCGCGUAUACAAAGAUGACGCUACUGUCAUGACAUGGCAAUUAGCGAAUGAACCCCAACCCGCCGUCGUCCCAACCGAAUACCUUGGCCCUUACUCUCUCGAGCUGCCCGCCGCACCAGAAGACCCCAUCAUACCCUGGGUCAAGAACAGCAGCGCUUACAUCAAGUCUCUCGCCCCUAACCAACUCGUCAACGUCGGUUUUGAAGGCAAGCAAGGAAAAUGGUACUACCAAGCCGUCCACAACUUUUCCACCGUCGAUUACGGCACCACCCACUGCUGGGUCCAAAAUUGGGGCGUGUACGAUAUGCUAAACUCAUCCUCUGCAAACCUCGAAGCUGCAAAGGACUUCGCCACUGCAUUUGUGGCAAACUCCAGUGAGUGGAGUAAGGAGAUCGAUAAACCAGUUUUCUUGGAGGAGUUUGGAAUGGCCAGAAACAACUGGGAGAAUGUGGGCAAAGAGUAUUUGUAUCUGAGCUCUGCAGGAACCAGCAACAAGGACGAGUACUUUANNACGUAA